AUGAAUUUGCAAAUAGUAUUCAAUACAGUGUGGUUAUUGUGUAGCCUGAUUUCUUGUACGAAACUUGAAAAGGAACGUAAGUUAAAAAUCAGGAGAUCAGUAUUGUUUUUAAUUUUUUAAAGCUGAUGAGCUUGUAUCGGAAAUAAUUGAACGCUUUGAUAAUAUUGCCCAAGCAAGUGUGGAUAUGACCGAAAAGUUGCGUUUAAUCAAAGAGACCUCUGGUUCGUUUCUUAAGCUAGCAAUCCCGAUGGGCAGUUUGUUGGCAGCGUCUUUGGAUAUAGUCAAUGAAGUAAGUUCAGUAAUAAGUUCUUAAUAUUUUUAUUUUUUUCAAUGCCUUCCAGGCAUAAUAAAAAAAAGUUGCCAAUAAGAAUUUUUCGAUUCUUACGUUUGGAAGUAUAUAAGGGACGAGCUAAAUACAUCGGAUGGAAAGUAUCAGACAAAAAAUGCAAUUCCUUGUCUGAUAUUUUUUUCAACGAUCUUUUUUUUUGUCUAACUGCCGUCGGCAACGAGAGGAAAAAAAAGAUAGCGGGAAAAUGAGAGACGAAAAUAUCAGACAAGAAAUCACAUUUUUUGUCUGAUACUUUCCAUCCGAUGUAUUUAGCUCGUCCCUUAUAUGCACUGGGUUUCACUUUUUUCAAACUUUGAAAAAUCGCCUCAGGGCAGAAAGUGCAUAUUUUUGAAACAUUUUUUCAAAAAUAAUUUACGGAGGCUUGAAACAUGCUACAUUUUAAAAUUUCAAAAAAAUUUGCAUUUUGAAAAAACCGGGAAAAUCCCAUAUAUAAGUGGUCAACCCGGCUGCGCCUGGUUUGGAUUUUUGAAACUGUGAAGCAAGGUGUGCACUAGAAGUUUUUCCCCCUAUUUUUAUUAGCUAAAUCGACGAUAGGUUUUUCUAAGACAUAUGGUAAAGCGAUUUUGGCCAAAAUGCUGUUUUGGCACAUUUAUUUCAUUUUUUGUCAAAGGAAGCUAAAAAUUUUUUAAAAAAUCUUACUUUAAAAACGUUUUUAAUUAAAAAGUUGUUCAGCAUAGUAAAAAAAUUGAAUACGCACAUUUGCAAACUUGUAAGUGCAGCAAAGCCACCAUAAAAUAUUAAAUUUUCAGACAGUAUGUUAUCAUUUCAUCAAAAUCUACGUUUUAUGUAGAUUUUAAAUAUGCUAAAACUGACUACGGAGACCAGCGUUAAAUUUUUUGAUAUUUGCACUCUUAUAAUAGACCGGUCGGAUUACGGCAGGCUACGGCAUUUUUAGAAAAAAAAAAAUAAAUACGAAGUUGUUCAUUAUAGUCAAAAACAUGUAUGCAAAUUUUUAGAGCUUUUGGUACAUUUUUAAAUUUUUAAAAAAUUUUUAGUUUACUUUGACAAAAAAAUGGAAUAAAACUGCCUUUAAAAACUAAAAAUUAGUUUUUUAAAAAUUUACUUAUUAAUUAACUAAUUUUAUUAUUUAGCCUGAUUCAAAAGAAUAUAAAGCGUUAAAACGGCUUCAUACCCAUAUGACGUAUGAAUUUAAAAUGGCUAGACUACAAAUAAACACUUCAUUUGAGGUUGACCAUAAAGAUGCACAACUUUUCGAUUUUAAAAAAGUAAGCAUCGUGGACACAACUUUAAAUAUAUUAAAAUUGUUUAGAGAGUAACUUGGCCUCUCGAUCUUUUCAUGGAUAGAUAUCUAUAUAUGUCCGACCCUGCGAACCGAAAAAGUAACGCCAGUGUCAGGUACACACGUGCACUUUGCCACGACGUUAUCCAGUAG